AAGAAGUGAAAAGCCAUGGGUGUGUUUUCUGUUUUUAACUCGAGCAACGUUUCUCAGGCUGGCUCCCUCGAGGACGGCGGCAACUGGACGGCGGCAACCCAGUUCAGCCAGCCGGGCUGGAGAAUUGCUCUCUGGGCCAUCACCUACUCCUUCAUCGUCGUCACAUCCAUCCUUGGCAACGCCACCAUCAUCUGGAUUAUUCUGGCACACAGGAGAAUGAGGACCGCUACCAAUUACUUCAUCGUUAACUUGGCUCUUUCGGACCUGCUGAUGUCCGCUUUCAACACCAUCUUCAACUUUAUCUAUGCCAGCCACAAUGUCUGGUAUUUUGGUGAGGAAUUCUGCAGGUUUCAGAACUGGUUCCCCAUCACUGCAGUGUUUGUGAGCAUUUACUCCAUGACAGCCGUGGCUGCAGAGAGGUAUGUGGCCAUCAUUCACCCCUUCAAGCCCAGGCUCUCUGCUGGAAGCACCAGAGUCAUCAUUGGGAUCAUCUGGCUGGUGGCAUUCGGGCUUGCCUUCCCGCAGUGCUUCUACGCCGAGAUCACCGUGGACAAUGGCACCAUGAAAUGCAUCGUGGUCUGGCCUGAUGACGUUGGAUCCAAGCACCAGCUGGCGUACCACAUUGCCGUGAUUGUGUUGAUUUAUUUGCUGCCUUUAAUGGUGAUGUUUGUUGCAUACAGCAUUAUAGGAGUUACUCUGUGGAGCAGCACGGCUCCAGGCAACCACCUCAACAGAGUCCACUACGAACACCAAGUUAAUGCCAAAAAAAAGUUUGUGAAGACGAUGGUGGUAGUGGUGAUCAUUUUUGCUGUCUGCUGGCUGCCCUAUCACAUAUACUUCAUCCUGGGGAGCUUCAAGGAAGACAUCUACCAGCAGAAGUACAUUCAGCAGGUGUAUCUCGCAGUCUUCCUCCUUGCCAUGAGCUCGACAAUGUACAACCCCAUCAUCUACUGCUGCCUGAACCAGAGGUUUCGCUCUGGCUUCAAGCUAGCCUUCCGGUGGUGUCCCUGCAUAAAAGCAACAGAAAAAGACAAACUUAAACUUAUGUCCCCAUCUCUCUACCAGACAACCCACAGGAAGUCCAGAACAACAAGUUUCAACACAGAAACCCAGCUGAAUGAGAAAGAGAAGACAUCAUUUACCCUCACCCCAUUAACACUCUGAUUUCCUGCUCCUGGUUCUGUAUCCCCACACACCAUGCCAAGGCAGCAGAUCUGAAGAAGCCUGAAAAGCAAAUCUUUU